UCCCGCGGGGGGGUUACGCGCUGGAAUCGCAGGCCGCAGCCCACCAACCCAACAGUCCGCCGCCGUGUCUACUCCCUUUGCCCACCACCUCACGGCCUCCUCCGCCCCCGCACCACCGUCCCCGUCGGCAUGUGAGCGACCCCCACGAUGCUGAGCCUGGCCCGCCCCGUCGAGCUCCGCCGGGUGCCGCGCCUCAGCCGACCCCACGAGCCCAGCGAGGCGGCCACCGGCGGCGGCAUGGGGUAGCGCCGCCACGGCAACGCCGGCCUGCCUCCAGCGUGUGUGUGCGUGCGCUCCGAGCCACGAACUGCACGGAAGAGCGCCCCGGAGCCGCCAGCCAGCUCAAUGCGGCGCUCCCCAGGACGCCUGGCUGUUGCAGCGUUGGCAGUCACACUCCUGACAAUAACAAGCAGCAUGAUUGCAGGCAAGGAGAUCAAGAGCUUCAAGUGGGGCGAGCUGGACGAGGUGGAGCGCGCACGCAUCUGCCACAACUUCACCGAGGGCGACAAGGUGCGCCAGGAGCUGUACUCGCCGCUGUACAACGGCACCAACCACUAUCCGAACAACACCGAGUGCACGCGCGUCAUUCGCGCCCCCUACAACCACAUGGUGCGCCUGGACUUCCGCGACCGCUUCCACCUGGAAGAGUCGCCCACGUGCGAGUUCGACUACCUGGAGAUCCGGAACGGCGCGUACGCCUACUCGCCGCUCGAGGCGCGGCUCUGCGGCGAAACCUUCCCCAAGCCCGUGCAGUCCGAGGGACGCCACCUAUGGCUCAAGUUCUCCUCGGACGCCAGCAUCGAGUACACGGGCUUCAAGGCAGUAUACACCUUCAAGCCGGCGCCCAAGACCCAUGAGCCACCACCCGAAGAGUGCCUGUUCAACGUCGAAGGCAGCCACGGUGUCAUUGGCUCGGAAGACAUCAAGCCAUCCCAGCUGGAACACUCCCGCCAAAACAAGCUCCCCCUGGAGUGCACAUGGAGCAUUCGGGUGAAGCCAUCCUGGAAGAUGUACCUGACAUUCCUGGAGUACAAGCUAGCGGACCCAAACAAUUGCCGCUCCAACUUCGUGGACAUCCUCGCAGAGGAGCCUCAGCACGAGUCAUUGAGCCACUUCUGUGGCACAAUGGCGGAGCCCACCCAGUCCAAGUCGAACCACGUCAAGGUGCGCUACUACGCCGAGCACGGCGCCCUCAAGGGCGGAAACUUCUCCAUCCUCUUCACUGCCUUCAGAGAGAUCUCCAGCGGAGAGAGGUGCGAUCCGGAAACAGAAUUCAGUUGCGACGACGGCUGGUGUAUCGAUGUGAAACUGAAGUGCAACGGCCAGUUCAACUGCAAGUAUCGCUACGACGAGGAGUCGUCAAUCUGCCACGUCGGCUCAAAUGUCGGCGUGGUUCUCUCGAUGAAGCAUAUGGUGGUGAUCCUGGUGGUGUUCUCGGCCUUGGUAGUUGGAAUGUGCGCCUCCAUCGGCAUAACCUGCCACAACAAGAUCCAGGAGCGCCGGCGCCGGGAGCGCGAGUACAAGCUGCGGCGCUCCAAGGAGGCUUCCGUCGAGGUGGGUCUUGACCUGUCCGCCGGAAACCUGGAGGCAGCGCUGGCGCUGCAAGCAGCUGAAAUCGGCGCGCGCCGAGCGGGUGGAAUGCCACCUAGCGCACCUACAGCGACGACUUUGGUGGGACCCACGGUGCUACGACCCGAAGACGACGACAACGGCUGCUACGUGCCCGAGGUGGACCUGAGCGUGUUCCGCAAGCACCCGAACGGGCGGCCGCUGUCGCCGGCAACGGAGGCGUAGCGCUCGUGUCCGCAGCAUGGCGACCUGCACAGUCUGCGUAGCGACAGCGUCACGCCUCCGAUCCCGCCUCCGCCACCGCCGCCCCACAAAGCCCACCCUCCGCCCCGCGUCGACAUCUAUCGCUGAGCGCGACCUGCGACGACGACAGCCGCACGACACGCCCGGCGCCACCUUGCUCAACAACCGACCGGACCGUGCCAGCGCCGAGGGUCUCCCCCAGGGGCGACCAACCGUCGCGUGAACCGCGGGGCGCCUCUGCAGCGGCGCUAGCCUCCUCUUGGGAAGAAAGGCAGGAAAGGUUGUUCUGCACUGCCUUGCAUAUUAACCCUGCUCAAAGUUACGGGAACCAUUUAUUCACCCUCGACACGAGGCUGGCUUCAAGAGUAAUCGUGUGGUUGCGCAAGUGCGCGCUUCGUCGAAGAGUGUGGCGCGGGACGAUGGGCUGGCCUUCAAAACGAGAGCGAUCAUCGGUGCCACGUAGGGCAGCUCGUGGCAAGCGUUACACUCUGGAUACAUAGCGCGAAACCGAAGCGGUCUGCGCAUAGCCUUUCACGUUGACUCAACCCAUUGACUCAAAGCACGGUGUCGUCGGACUCAAAGUGUCACAAUUGAAAAAAAAAUGUUAUUGACUUCUCUUUUUGAACUGACGCUGUGGUGCUCGUGUGUGGACGCCUCUGUACAGCGCGGGUGUUACUUUACUAGGAGUACUAAUUACUCUUUGCCUGUUUACAAUACACACAACGGAAACAACGACAACAAACUCGGUCCCGGAGGAAGCCAGUCUGGUGCCCUGGUUUCCGUCGUUCAACGCGCGCCUCGUGGUUUUGCCCGGUAGUCCUGACCCCAAGUGAAGCAACGAAACGAAAGGCAUUUCCAAGACGGAUGCGAUAGCCCUGGUACGCAACCAACGUCGACGUGUAGCGACACAGCGUGCAACUAAUUGGUUCAUCAUUGGCCAGGACCGCUUCAUCUACCACACUAACGGGGGAAAGGCACAGGGCUACCAAAAACUUCAGCUUGAGCUCUAGAGCCAGCUAUGUUCUUUGUAUUCCCCCCUGUUCCUAGAAUAGCGCAACUGUUAAUGAAAGCACUAACCGGUAGCGUAAGGUCACUUUUGCUUGCGGAGACUUGAGCUGCCUUCGAAAAAGCAGGCCGCGCUAGCGUAUUGGAAACAAGUCACAUAGACCGCGUCCAACCCACGGUUGUCCUUUCGCUGCCGGAAUAUGGGGGAUGGCCGUUGAACGGCGGAAGCAGUGAUGCCUGUAAGCACAACGUGCUUCCUGAUCCGGGCGUCGCCAAGGGACGCUCGAUGCUACUCUUCCAUCUAUAACAAUUCCACAUGUGAAAACCAUGAGAGUUCCCAUUCCCGAACCUUUUUAGUUGCACUAUCCCUUCCCCACCUGCCUCCGUUGCAGCCCGAUGAGGCUCAGACGCUCUAUAUCUGUGUAGUCUUUCCCUCCGUCGUGUAUGUAGCUUCACUAUGUUCAAUAGUCGUCCGCAGAAGAAGCCUCUCUUCGUUCCACUCGGCCAAUCUUGUAGCUUCACGUACUUCAGAAACCUAGAAUUUAUUUGCUUGUUGGUUUCUCUGUUUUCAUAAGGUAACGUUUAUUGGCUUCCGCUUGCGGCCAGCUUGCGAUGGUUUCGGUAGCUUUUUUUUUUUUUUAACAAAAUAUUGGUAGGUAAUGGUAGCCUUCCCAGUACGAGUUUUUGAUCGAGAGGCCAAGAAAGAGUGAAAAAAAAAAAAAAACUCAACUUGUAAACCAGCACAAACUCCAGUUCCAUAUCUGAUAAGUGUCGUGCUACCAAUGUUAAAAUGUGUUUUCAGCUUGACUAUUAUUUGCUUUAUUUAUAUCAAGGUGUCGCUAUUGUAGGGUCGAUUACUUAGCGGAAAACAUCGCGCGGUUAUAAAGGCGUUCUUGGUAAUGCUAUAUGUUCAGCCAUCUGUUUUCCAUUAGGUUUCUUUGUUGGCAAUCGGACGAUGCAAGACUCUCGGUUCAAGAAGCUAAUCAGGCAUAUUUUAAACUUAAAACGUGGCGGUAGACUCCACGCAUAAGGUUCCUUAACGAAUGAACUGCAGCUCUGGCACUUUUACAGAAAAGGCCUUACAGAAGGUGCAGUAAAUGGUAUCCGGGUAUUUGCAGCCGUCCUUGUGUUCUUAAUGAGUGUAGGUGUACAUAAAUAGGACACUGUUCCUUACGAACGUUUCCGAACGCAGUACACAAUCCCGGUGUGGACGACGCAAAUUGCUGGUAUUGCGUAAGGCAAGAUAUCCAACUACGGCAGCACAACUGCACAAGCAAACGCCGAGGAUGCGAAAUUUUGCGCCACUUGGGCCACCUUGUCAAUUGACAGUUUAGCCUGCACUCCGACCUCUGGGCUUUCUCAGCGGGAGGCCUUCGCCUAAAUAGUUUUGGUACGUUGAACCCGUAGUACCCUCAAGAUAACAAAAUUCUAUAGGUUUUCUACCCUCCUACAAUUUUUUCUUGAUGAGUUUUCUAUGAUUUCUUUUUUUUUUUUCUUCGGAAAACGAAUAGUAGGGUAGGAAACUCGCAUAUAGGAAACUCCGCGAGUUUUCUACAUGAGCUUUCUAUCCUGCUAUAAGAGCAGCCGCAGCCGCUCGUCAGCGCCAUUUCUAUCUGCCAUGUCAGCUGCCAGAGUAUGCGCCCGAAGUAUAUGCCUUUCAAUUGGAUGCCUGCCCUCUUCCAAAGUGAAUGGGCGGCCUCGAUUACGAGAGCUGAACGAGAGAGAGCAACGACGAGCUGAGCGCUUGGAACGCAAUUCAGUCCGCUGAAAGCACAACUACCGGUAGUAUCUGCGGCUCGCGGUGAAAUGGGCCUAUUUCGAUGUGCGAAGUUCACCCACCGAACUCCACAGUACGCGGCGUCGCGUUCACUCUCCUCCAUGUGUGAUCUCCCCGAAUACCCCGCUCGGCUGUGUGCUGGCGUCGCCCCCGCCCUCUUUCCACGUAGCCACGAACUUGAACGUAUCUUCACGCGCGCAGAGCAGCUAUCCGGAGAGUAUAGGGUAGAACGAAAGCGUAUAAGCGGAGCUUGUCAUGCAUAAAUCUCCCUGUGGGCGCAGCGAAGUAACAAGCGUGCGCGCCCCACGAUGCGCAAGCACGGUGCUCGACGUUACCUUUCUGUCCUUCCAAACUUGAUCAUCUUUUAUCACAACUACAAAAAUAUUUUACGCGCGUGUCGAUCACAGACAGCCGAAACGUCGGCGCUGUUCUGUGCCGGAGCACCAUACAAGUACCACAAAAUGCACAGUACUUUAGCGAAACAUUUUCUUCCCUUGUCGUCCGCCCCCCUCUACCUCGUCUCCCACUUUCAGAAUCGUUUCGGACUAGGUUUAUGUUGCGGAAAAGAGGGGGGCAGGGAAGCGCCACCCACAAAAUUACUCGUCUACUGAAUGCUGUCCCUAAAAAACUGCCAAACACUCGGGAGCAUUUCCUCUUACUUCCUGGCACAAAGUUUCGAGCAGCGGGAAUGGAAGGGCAAACGCGGGAGACGGCUGCGCGCACGAUCAUUCUGCAUUGAAACAUAGUGCCAGAAAUGAACCAAGCAGCAUGCAUUCCGCCCUGGUAUCGAUCAGCGUUCGUAGGCGCGUAGUGUUGUGACAUCCUAUUCGGAACUCAUAGUACGAUCUGGCUUUCGCAUUUUCAUGGCAAACAGUCCGAAGCAUCGUUCACGUCUUAUGCGCGAGCACCGAGGCGCACCUCACCUUGCUCAGAAUAGCGCCUCCCCGAUAAUCUCGCUGCAAUAGGUUAAGGUCAAGCAAUUGGAGUCUUCACGGCUGUAGACGAGAAGAAAGGGGGAAUUCCACUCAAUGUUCUUCGGAAUAUCACGCUGGAAAUAUGCGGUAGUAUAAUGUUCCUAAAUACUGAAGGCGUUCCUUCAUACCUUCAUAUUUUUUUCCUGUGUGUGUGUGUGUGUGUGUGUGUGUGUGUGUGUGUGUGUGUGUGUGUGUGUGUGUGUGUGUGUGUGUGUGUGUGUGUGUGUGUGUGUCUGCGUGCGUGCGUGCGUGCGUGCUUGCGUGCGUGCGCGGUGGCGCAGAAAAUAUUCGCGAUAGUGAGCCAGCUGUUCUUUCAGCCCAUAUUUGCGUGGCGGCUGCAUUCUUAAAUGGCUGGAAAUUGAAGAACCCCGGGUGGUCAAUGUUAAUCCGCAGCCCUUUACUACGGUGUCCCUUACAGCCCCAGAGUUGCAUUUCGGGUGUUAAGCCCCACCAAUCCCUAAUCGAGUCCAGGUUUAAAACGCCGUGCGCUCGUUUCACGGUCGAGAUGCGCUGCACUAGCGCCUAUGCAGUGUCAUCUGCACAUCCGCAGCUGCUCUGAAGCGCGUGCACCUAGCAACUCGAGACAGUGCAUCCCGAUAGCAGAACGCACCGAGCACUGUGCCAAAGCUGCUUCUUGUAUUGUUUUCAUGUUACGCGCACUUUCUUCAAGCUCGGUGAAGACGUUUGCAACGAUAGACCGUCAGGAAAUUUGGGGAUCAGACGCUGUAAUGAUCUGUAUACAGCGCGCAGAUCAUUGCACAAGUUCUAUUGUGCGUGUGUGACUGUGUGAUACCAAUAUCAAUUCAGCUAUUCUAACCGGUUCAUAGCAUUCAACAAAAUACAAAGACAUAAAGGGCAAUUAAGUUCAAUUAGAAGACCAGCUGGUAAUCCGUAUGGUACCCUUUAUAUUUUCUUUGGCACGAUAUUCGAGAGCAAUAGCCUAUUACAGUUAUUAUAAAGCAAUAUGGCGAAGGAAAAAGUAAUAAAUGGCCUCGAGACAUGCCACUAAAGUGCUGAAGGUGUGCAUCGUGUUCUAGACAAGUCACAGUAUCUCACGCUCCGAAGAACAUUUAUUUGCUUUGGACCGCUAUGAGGCCAAAAUGAGGAAAAGCAUACCGCCAAGCGUCUAAUGAAGGUGUGUUCUAUAAAGGUUCGAAAGAACUCGAAAAUGCAGUCUGCUCGGAAUGUAAAUCCUUCUGUCAUAACAGGCACUUGUGGUAAAUCAUAAGAAUGUCGCCUACUAAGUGUAUCUACAGCUUCACGAAUUGCUGCAUACCUUAAUUUUAUUGCAGCUUUCGCAACAUGCUCGGCGGUGCUAAUUUUAAAACACAGUGAACAUUCAAGCUCUAGUGCGUUUCGCAUCAAAAGUUGAAUUGCUAUAGAUUAAUGAUUGGGUUUAAUUUCCCAAAGCCAGAUGCGGGCUAUGCGACACACCGGAGGGGAGGGUUCCGAAAUAACUUGGCCACCUGGAGUUUUUAAAUGCACCUAAUGCUAGGUACACGCUCGUUCUUGCAUUUCAUGCUCACCGGAACGCGACCGUUAACAGAAAGCGCGACCUCGCGCUCAGCGUAGUUGAAGUCAUAGUUCAAGAGAAGAUGUCAGUAUUUUUUUUCUCGUUGUUAUGUGUAUCGUACGAAAAGAUGAUCUUAAAUUAGAAGAAAAGCGCACACUAGCACAUACAUAGAAGUUUAGAGGACAUGGUUAUAGCUCAGAUCGUUUCUCUUAUAUGCGCCAGCUCCACAGCAUGAACAGACAAAAUGAAAGGUAACGUCGGGCACCUUAAUGACGAGGUGAUAUUGCAGUGGCUAGAAAAAAUUAGAUAUAGUGCUUGGCAUCCCGCAGUUGGGCAUAACAUUUGGAUCAGUCAUUCUAGCAGGAGUGCUCGCAACACAACCGACAAAUAGCACGCCAGUCAGAACUCGCGCGCCUGCCAUUACAGACGUGCUUUCUCUUGGCCGCUCUGCUGCUUAGAUGCCUAAAAAAAUAAAAAUGAGGUUUUAAAUCAACGCAAACGUGAGACGACGGCUCUGAUUAAGGUCGCUCCUAAGAUAUGCGAAACCAAAGAAAAGUAAUGGUCGCAUGUGGAAAUGGUCUAAUUUUACAAGGAUGACAUUUCCUGUAGCCGUAAAAAUUAAGUUUCCGAAAUUGUAAUGACGACCAAAGAUACAACAAAACGAUGGCUGUGAGUCACAAAUUGAUAGAAGGCGCAGGAAGUAGCGAUAAUUUUAAACACGCAUCCUUUCCCAACCCCAUCGUUUCCAGUCCUGUCCUAUGUGUGUAAAGGAGUUGGAGCCGUCAAUCGCCACACUCUGUAGAUGGUUCUGGCUGAGUGCUUACAUGUUCUCUCUCGCUUGUGACACGAAGCCGAGGACGCUGCAUUCCCUUAACCAGAUAGUGAAUUGGGUGCUGAAUUUAGCUGACAGAGAAUCACGGCUGAUGAGCCGCAUGCGCAACCAGGGACUCGCAUAUUUUAAACGCAGUCACAUUCAUUCAUAACAAGCACCUUGCGACUGGGGGCUUGAAAUUUAGUAGCUGGCAUAGUGCGCCCAGAAGCAGCCGAAAAUUCCGUAAGCUGCGGAGUUGUGCCAGAGGGGCUUCUUUCACUCAAUUCUUCUGUAUAGAACAAUAAGCUAAUCCCUCGCCGUAACGUAUAUAAUUAACAUCUUGGCGCGCGUCAUUCACACCCGUUUGCUCCAAGUUUGCUCCAACCAACAGCUUUGCGCACACAGGUCGCAUCGGUGCAAUCGCAGCGACAUACGUGCGGAGAUGGCAUCGGUUUUUUUUCAUAAGCUGCUGCAGGACGCACGCUGACGCCACCGAUCGCGACAAUGCGCGACCAAGCGAAGAAUCAUUGUUUUAGCACGCCCGGAACGUUGCGUGCUCCACGGAACUUGUUUCUUAGCUGAGCGUCCUUUGCCGUCUGCUCUACUCGCAGUUGAAGCACGUGACCUUAGCGGAGCGCUGCGUACAUUUCGUGCUUCGGUUAGAUGUUUAACGAAAAUGUAUCAGAGGAGCGUGUACAGGUUUGCUGCAAAACGAGAAAGUUCGAGUCGUGAAAGCAGUUAAACGGCGCCACCCAGCGAUCCGCUUUUCCAUUUUAAGAGCGGGGCGGCUUUUUCGUUUUGCUGGGCCGACGUUCUGCAUCACGCGCAGUUGUGCUCCCGCUUAAGCGGCUGAGCGGAGCGAGCCGUGAGAGCGUUCAGCUAAAAGACUCCAUUGUUACGAAUACGCAGGCUGAUGCGUCGUGCCUGUGCGGUGUUGUGAAAGACCUAAUCGACAGCGCUGGGCAGCUUUUAUUUGCGCGGGGGCUUGCAGUAUACGAGCCUGUAGCUCUGACUGCCGGACUCGAGCGGCACGUUCACGCGUUGUCGCGUGUGUGCGCAAGCAUUGAAAGAAAACAGCGACACGUUAAAAACUCUUUAAAGAAGCAAAUGCCGACUCAUUCCGCAGUUUGAGGCGACGUAUUAAUUGUACUGACGCCGGCCUCUGAAUUGUUUUCGUUCUCGUUUCGAUAGCUAAUAACCCUCUCCAGUAAUUCAAAGUCAUCUCUGUCAUUCCUGGAGAAGAAAUUAAGGAGUACUGGUUCAGCACAUUACAGGUGGCAGAAGACCUCUCCCAGCAUAUCACGAGAAACGCGAGAUUUCAAGGCCCUACCUCGAGCCUUUGUUUCGCAAUUAUCAAAAUGAAUGAACUCAAAUGUGUACGCACGCGAUGAGAAAUAAAAGUGUGUAUGUUACUCCCUCGGAUCAUUUAGCGUUCAUGUACAUUACGCCUCGUACGUCAUGCUAAGUCCAUCAGCUUGUGGGCCCAGAGGCGCAAGCAGCCCAGAGCUGCCGCUACUCUUUCUGCUUACGGCUUUCCGCGAAUGAAAAUACUACGAACGUUAUGCAUUACGUAGAUCGUUGCAGUAAACAAAUAUCCGAAAUUCUCGCUAAUUGAGGAGCACAUGGUGGCGAGGGAGUUGCAUAUAUGCUCUUUAUUCCCACUUUCACCUCCCACUUCUUAUUCUUUCUCUCUCUCUCUCAUUUCUUUCUGAAUGUGCGCAUAUUACCCAUCUGCGCCGCAAAAAUCAAAACGUUGCUCCUUUUUUGAGACACCAUUAUCUUCCAUACAAGUCUUCAUUUGUCUCCUUCGACUUGGUUCUGUUCAUUUGCACUACAAAAGCGACCGUGCUGCCUUAUUUAGGAAAUAAAAACAAACAAGAUGUUCCAAUAAAA